UGAUAUUAAUUAAUUUUGUAAACCUAGAAAGCUGGAGUCUUUAAUGGCUCGCCUUACAAACACGCACAAAAACGUAAUAUUCCUUGGUAUCAAACUAUUCUUGUUCUUCAAACUAUAAAUACCCACUAUACUUCUAGUUUAGUACUCAACCAAAUUUAGACCCAUUUCACCAAAUUAAAAGAAAAAAAAAUCCCAACUUUCUUCUUUCAAAAUUCUCAAGAAUGGAAGGAAUAAUUGUUGUUUUUGAUUUUGAUAAAACAAUUAUUGAUUGUGAUAGUGACAAUUGGGUUGUUGAUGAAUUGGGUUUUACAAAUUCUUUCAAUCAACUCCUUAAUUCCAUGCCUUGGAAUUCUAUGAUGGAUACAUUGAUGAAGGAAAUGCAUGAAAAAGGAGUAACGAUUUAUGAUAUUGUUGAAGUAUUGAAAAGAACUCCAAUUCAUCCUCAAAUAGUACCAGCGAUUAAAGCUGCUCAUGAUGCAGGGUGUGAAUUGAGGAUAGUGAGUGAUGCAAAUACAUUCUUCAUUGAAACAAUAUUGGAUCAUCUUGGGUUGAGUGAUUAUUUCUCGGAGAUUAACACAAAUCCGGGUUAUGUUGAUGAAGAAGGAAGAUUAAGGAUUUUACCACACCAUGAUUUUACCAAGUCUCCUCAUGGAUGUUGCAACCCCUGCCCUCCUAACAUGUGCAAGGGCCUAGUGAUUAAAAGGCUACUAUGUGAGCAUGGAAACAAGAAAUUCAUCUAUUUAGGAGAUGGAAUUGGAGAUUAUUGCCCUUCUUUAAGACUUAGAGAAAGUGACUAUCUUAUGCCAAGGAAAGACUUCCCUGUUUGGGAUUUAAUCUCAAACAAUCCGAAGCUUAUCAAAUCCAAAAUCCAUGAAUGGACCGACGGGGCUGAAUUCGAACGAGUUCUAUUGUCACUCAUCCAAGCUAUUAUCACCAAUGCUGAUGCCAACCAGUUCUUCAACCUUGAUUGCAAAUUCGAGUCAUUGCCAAUCUCGUCCCAUGAUGCCAUGCCUCAAGCUCUUCGAGUUGGACCGCAAAAUAGUUGUAUAAUGCAUCCAUAUAAUCCAAGAUCCGUAUCUUUCGGCAUCUCAAAGAAGAACAGGAUAUCAACAAGGGGUUCACGAGUGAAGAAACUAUUGGGACAAAAUCAAAUAAGCGUGCUACCUGUACCAGCAACUUCAGUUUUAAGAGGUUGUUCUUCACUUUUACUUGGAAUUUGAUGUAAUCACGUUUUUUAUAUGUGGCAAGGCUUCAAGUUUAAGACGUGUAAACCUCAUAAUUCAUAUACACUUUUCUGCUUUUUUUUUUUUUUUUUUUUUUGGCUGUCUUUUAGCCUUUGUGUUUCAACUGAUUUUUGAAUUUGAAAUUGAUUACUCCAUUUUUAGUCUAUAGAGGAACCUUUUAAAGGCGGAGGGAGUAGUUAAUAGUUAUGUUUAUGAGAAUAGAGCCAAUAGCACGGUCCGAUAAUUUGAUUGUGUAAUUUAUAGGGCUCAAAUGUGAAAGUGAGGGAUAACUCAAAUGGUUACAGCU